AUGUUUUACAGUCACGAGGUAUUGACCUCACGCGAGUACGGGGUUGCAGUUGUAUGGUUGGUAGCAACCCUAGGCGCCAAAUCCAACUCGAAGAAGAUCAACCGUAACGCCAUCCUCGGAGUCGAUGUACCAAAAGCAUGUCAAACCAUUAGAGAUCCGGCCGCACCCAUGGCAUUGCGUUUACAAGGCAGUUUGUUGUACGGAGUAUCGCGCGUGUAUACCCAACAAUGUGGAUAUGUUCUUGUAGACGCUGAGAGGGCAGACCAUUCAAUGCGAUCAAUGGUCAAAGUCAUGAAAGACGCAGCAAUCGAUCUUGAGGCAGGAAAGACAAGGCCAGAGCAACUUCUGCUUCAAGACGACCCCUCGUUUCUUCCGGAGCUUAUACUUCCACCUCUCGAUAUGCUCGAAGAUCUAGGUCUUGACCCUCCCGAGAAGGCUCGCCGGUCGGGUGAAACUCAAUCGCUCACCCCAUUUGGGUCACAGCAAAACGUAGCCGAAGGAACUCCGCCAGUGCCCCUUGGCAGGCUUAUAAUCCCAUCUUCUUCGUCUGGAGGACCUGGAGAAUUCAUGCUACAAGGUGGUGAUGAGCCCAGUAGUGUCGGUGCGCGAAUAGGACUUCCGGGCCGCGGAAUCGAUGAGCCAUUCCCGGAACCUGAGUUUGAUAUCGACGAGGACGGAAACCUUAUAGAAUUCAGCCCGCGAGCCGGUCAUUCAGUGACACCUUUUAGGAUGGCGGAGUCAGCGUUGCCGAGCGAUGCUCCUUUGAGCGCUCGCGUGAGAGUCGACUUUGAGGAAGGACAGGGAAAUGCAGCUGCAGUUCCCGGUGACCCUAUGGACAUCGAUCUUCCUCAAUUCAACGAUGACUUGCCUGGACAAGAUCUCGAACUACUCAAUGACGAUACGCCAUUGGAGCAGCCUAGAGAAACAAUUGCUUCCUCCACUUCAUCCUUGGCAGCACCUAUGCAUCGCAAAAAGCGCACUCGUCGUGUCAUUCCUGCCGACAAGAAUAUGGAGCUUAGGAACAAGGUUCUAUCAGAUUGGAACGUCAGCUAUCUUCAGAACAUGAAAGAUGCAGCACGCGCCAAGCAUAUACAACGAGCUUCUACCCAAGCCAAGAGUAAUGCUGAACAUUAUGUGUGGGGCGUAGGUAUUGGACGGUCCGGCACCCAAGGAUCCGUGACAAAGACCCCAUUUGACAGUCUCUAUGGCGAUAAAUUGUUCGAGCUUUUCACAGGCAUCAAUCGAAAAGCCUUCAAGGGAACUAAGCGCGACCGAGACAGUGGUAUCGACGAUUACACUCAAGCAGAGUCCCGCCACGUUCGACAAAAGACUGAGGAAGAAGAGAUCGGGAGGGCCGCUGAAGAUGAGGGAGUACUCGUUCAUGACGAAGAGGUCGAACUUCCACGCGAGGCACCCUCUGCCCUAGAUGAUCAGCAAAUGUUCUCAGCUAUGCCAUGGAACAUCAGUGCUUCCAUCCGCGGCUCAUCGGCCGUCCCUCGCAGUGGUACUGGCACGGGCCCAAGAGGCUCUUCACGGCCCCUUGGAGGACGAAUGGUCUCUGCAUCUCCACUCCAAGGCCGUGGACAACCAGGAGGACUUCAAGCUCUUCAGGCGUUUAGUGGAGAGGACGACUUCGGUAACAUUGGACCAGAGGACUUUGGUAUGGGCCCUAGCUCUGACGGUCUCGAUCCUGAUCCCGAGCCUUUGGUUGCCACGCAGACUUCUAUUCGCGUCCGCGAGGCACUUUCUGCUGAAGGUGGCAACUUCCUAAACUUCGUAUCUGAUGCCCUUGCCGAGAAGCGGAUCCAUCGUCCAGCGGCUGUGGAGCAACAGGCAUGUACUAUGGACGAGGUUCUGUUCGAGGAACUACUUCCACCUUUCGAGAACACUAAAGCUAUAGCCUGCCAGGGGUUGAUGAUGGUUCUCACACUCGGUACCAAUGGCUUGCUUCAUGUGCGUCAGGAUCUUGAUCUGGGAGAGAUCGGCCUUUCUUUGACGGCAAAAGCUCUUGCUAUUCAGCGCGAGAUGCAAAACCAUGAUGCAGAUGACAAUGAAGUCGGUCACUCAAUGGAGAAUGCGGAGGGGGGAGAAGAGGAAGGUGAGAGCGCAGGAGAUGGGUAUGAUAGUGACGAUGACUACAACUCACUCUACGGCGACUAACAACAAAUCCCACGCCUCCCAACCAUUCACAUCGAGAUUAUAUGCUGGAUGGGAAAACAUACUUCGGCCUUCAUGAUGGCAUGGAGUUUUCGGGUCUAAAUCUACAAAGGGUCUU